UCUUAUAUUUUCCUUAAAAAAAACAACAACACAGCAGUGUUUAUAUGGGCCCAACCUGACGUUGGACAGGGUUUGUUUUGAUCCUUGUCCAGGCGUAUUCACUCUGAUAAUCACCAUAAAGUGCUAGAAAAUACUGUACUUAGAUAUCUGAACUGGCUUUAAGUCCGAUGUAAGACAUGAAGAAACACAGGGAGCUAUGGAGAGUAGAUUCUGUGUUUUGAGCGACACCGAAGACCUCCAAAGGCUAAUUUCGAACACCGAGAACAAUCUCCACUUCGAAAGGUCCAAGACACUGUUUGAAGAGAUCCGUGCCUCCAUCAACAACAAUGACGAAGAGGACCGCUCCUUCUGGAGGCCUGUGCUGCCCUGGGGGGGCGUCUUCACCAUUAAGGCCGGACGGAAGGCCAUAUCAUGCACCCCUCUGUACGUCAAGAUCCACCUAAAAAACACCUGCACCAUCGAUGGCUUCCUCGUGAUCCUGUACGUGAUCCUGCGGGACAACCAGGGCUUCCCCCGGGAGCUGGCCGUCUUCCUGGGCAAGCAGUUCGUGGAGUAUUUCCUCCGCCUGAUGGACUCCUGCGACUACACCACAGUGAAGAUGCUGUGGAUCUGGGACCGGAUGUCCAGAAGGCAGUACCGCGCCGAGAUACGCAAGGCAGCGCUGGAGAUCGACCUGUUCGGUAACGAGCACGAGAACUUCACGGAGAACCUGGAGAACCUCAUGUCCACCAUGCAGGAGAGUCUGUGCACCAACUGGAGCUGCCCUGCCCGCUUCCAGGAGUUCAUCAAGACGGCCAUCAACAUCAGCCCUCCUCAUGAGCUGCCUCACAGAGACCCCAUUCAGUCGGCCGCCGACGAGUUCUUCUGCCCCAAACUGCUGCUGUGCUCAGAACUGGGGUGUGAUGGUCUAAGGGAGAUCUCUCAGCGGGUUUUCUGCCACGGACCCCCACCCUUUGUCAUCCUCAACAUGCAGCAGUGGAAGUCCGAGGAGCUGUCCUAUGUUCCUUACCAUCUGGCUCUCUGCCAGCACAGGUACUUACUAGAGGGCGCCACACUCUUCAACAAGGAGGAGCACCACUACUCUGCGGCCUUCCAGAUAGACGGCUGCUGGAUGCACUACGAUGGUCUGAGGAGUGACAACCUGAUCCUGUUACACAAGCCGCCAGAGCUCCUGCUGCUGUCCUCUCUGGUCUACAUCCGCUCCUCCGACAAGUGAACUCCUUUUUUAUCACCAGAGGACCAUUCGUUCAUCCACCCAUCCUAUGAUUAUGUUGUCACGACCCCAUGGAUUACAUUUCACUGUUGUUACCAUGUUUGUCUACUUAUCACAUAAUUAAUUUUUUAAAGAUGUUUUCUUAAUUCCUUUCAGCUGUUGCUUCCGCUGUGCGUUCUGUAUGACAUAUGCUCCAUUUCACCUGAAACAACUUUUUUUUUGGGGGGGGGGGGGGGCAUGCUUGGAAUCCAAGAAUAUAAUGGACUAUAAUAGUUCUAUGAUAAUGAAUGGCAGUGAGUAAUGCACAUCACAUGCAUACGCAGUUAGCCGGCACACAAGAGAGGUUGACGUAAUUUAUACGUCACGGUUGUUAGAUGGAUUACACUCUGAGGGUGCAUUUGCUAUAUUAAGCAGCCUUGUAUAGGAGAUGGCUGUAUACAUUUCGGCAGUUUAAUUGUACAUGUAUACAGAUCCACCCUUUCCUUUAAUUAAACCGGUGCUUUCUCUAUUCACACUGUGGUCUGAGGAUUAGAAACAACCAACAUCCAUAUCAGGUUAACUUGUUUUUUUCUUAAGAUGUUUGAAUUGGAGGCAAGCAUUUAUUACAAGGAAUGAAUGUUAAAAGUACAAAGUUCUUAAAGGGGGCAUAUCAUGAAAAAAAUCUAAUUUUCAGUAAUUGUUAACAUAUAAUUGGAUUCUAGUUGGUUACUCAAAAUUCCUUAUUUUGUGGGCUGCCUUGAUCGUAACACAUGAUUCAGAAAGCGUCCCCUUUUGAAAUAUGUAAAGGUUAAAUAUCUAUCUUCCUCACGAGCCUAAAUAAAACUGUCCAUACUGAUAAAUUCAAGCAUUUCAACACUAGCUCCGCGCACACUGCGGUCACCAACACAGGAAAUAAGUAUAUUUAAAUCUUGUUUUUUACAAUAGUUUUUAACCUUGAAUAAUAACUGGUAUCACACAGUGCCUCUGCCCAAGGAAAGUGUGAAAGUGGAUCCUGUCCCGUGUAAAUCCUUGUUUUUUAAUUGGUUUUUUUUCUAUGCAGAGUACAAAUACAACUAUUUUGGCAUACGCUUGUAUUGAUUUAUUUUGUCGCACUUGCAUUGCAUGGAUGUAUAUAACAAGAGCCACAUAAAAGCAGACGGUACCUUUUAAGGCAGGCAUUUAUUUUUAAACUGGGUACAACUGCACCACACAAACUGACUAAAAUGUAUGUAAAAUGUCUUCAAUCAAAACAUGAGAAAAUGUGAAAAGCUACCGUUUUCUACACCUAAAAGGUUUAUCUUGUACUUCCAGUAAUAAUCCACAGGAUAUAAAAUUCAAGAUCAUCACCUUAACUCCAGACACACAAUGGGAAAUGUAAAAGAAGCAGAGUGGUCAUUUGGCUAACAUUGACAUCAGUUUCAAAGGAUUUUUUCUUUCAGACACAAACAGAGUGGCAGUCCAUCGCAGACCAGGUCUUAGUCAUCCAUCUGCUUUCUUUGAACAAGCACUUUGGUGAGAGUGGUGGCAAAUACAUGACAUUGGUUAGGCCAUAAUGAAAAUGCAUACAAACUCAAUUCUAACAUCCCUUCUUUUUGCAGAUUCACGUUUGCAGAUUUUAAUCAGCAGCUCUCCAAAAUUCAUUAAAGUUGUUAAAUAUACACCUCAGAAACGGUGACGGUACACAACAUAGAUGCUAGGUGAAUCAUGGCUGCAGCACAUAAUUACGCCUGCGUGAUUUGUGCUGUUGCUGUUGAGUGAUUAACAAAAUCUAGUACAAUAGACAUAAUUAGCAAAACAAAAUCAGGUUACAGGACAUAAAACAGUACAAAAUAUAAUUAUAAAUACAAUAAAAGUCACAACUCUCUAAAACAAAAUGACACAUUUGCAGAAACACGUUUUGGUUGCUUAUGCAUUACUCUUUUCUAAAUAAACUAGAAAUCAUUAAGGAAAGUACUCUAUAUGGUGAACAAUCUGCAACAAGUUAAACGUCUCACCGGUGACACCCUGAACCAUUUGCAAGGCAAAUGUCAUUUAAGGUCUCGUCUAUAUCAAUGGUUUCCCUAAUGUUCCAAAAAACACAGUUUAGAGCAGAAGAGAGAACGUCUUGUCUGAUGUUCACAAGACUUAUAUACGUGGUGAAAAUAGCUGAAUUUAUUAAAAACGGUGUUUACGUCGUGUUUGGCUAGUAAUUAUAAUGAAUGCAGAAAUCCAUCUGAAUCUACCUCAAACAUAUGCCUUGUACAAAUGAACCAGCAUGCACAACAAAAUGACAACACAACACACAGUCUGGUGGGAUGAGGCAAAGUCAAUGGUACCAUUUGAUGUUUCAUCAGACGCCCACUUCACCAGCCAACGGUGUGAAUCAACAGACAUGCCAUGUUGGGUUCUGUUACAGCAAUAUGAGAUGCCUUGGCUUUAAAAAAUAAAAAAUAAGAGAAACAUAUUCAUCCACAGACAGAACAGAAGUCUUAUUGCAUUUUCUAAAUGCCGUUAUCCUAAAUCAAAACAUAUGUACAAAUGACAAUAUGUAUCAAAUAGUUUGUUAAGUGCAAUGCAGAGCUUGGUUAAAGUUUCCACUUAUGUGCAAACAUCAGUGCACAGAGAAACUCAAACUAGACUUGAACCUUCAGUGACUAAACAAGACACCACCACCCCCCCCACCUGGCCUUUCAUAGACUAGUGCCCCCUCUAUUGCUGUGCAUUGCUUGACCGGUUUGUUAGCCUGACCCCAAGGCUGCACAGUGACACCCUCAGCCAGCCUGGAGUCAAGCACAGCCAGGGGAGCACUCGGUCAGGUGUCCUGGGACUCGGUGACAGUGGGAACACAGCCCGAGUUCGCUGGCACAGCCACCGGUGCUUUAUCGUCCAUCUUCCAAAUGACAGCAUGGAAGAACGUCAUGCUAAUACAUUAGCAAUAAGGACAAGAAGAAAAUGUUUUAACUGUGGCACUCGAAGGAAGCUGUUUCUAGCACUGGAGGUGGGAGAAUGAUGCACCCAAAAAAAAAAAAAAAAAAAAAAAAAAAAAAUGAAUAAGUCAUGUUUUGGCACUUUCAAUGAAGCUGUGAAGAGAUCACCUCAAGACCGUGGCUACAUGAGGGUCACGUGUUUGAUAGCAGGUGUCAGCCCCAAUCACAGGCAAAAUAAAAAGUCUUGUUCAUAGCCAAGAGAGCGACAGUAUAACGGGAAUUAAGACAAUGACAAAGCAUGGUCACAUCUAGCAACUGGGCUAUACUUUAAAUUGAAGAAGGAAAAAAACCAGACAGAGCUUAUUUUCUUUUUAGAUAUUUACGGAGGACAGAAUUUCGUGGUUUUCCAACCACAGGCUUCCAUUUCAGUUUUAUUGCAUGGUUGGCCAUUAACCUUCCCUCAAUUACACGCGCUUAAAUCAAAUAACAAACAUCUUACGCAGUAACGUAGCAGAGGUUGACCUAACUGCGUGAGGGCAACACAGACAAACAGCUGAAUCCUAAAUAUAGCACCAGUUGGUAUUGUGUACAGACCAAAGGGUGAAAAGAGGGCCACGGUCGAUUUCAACUAUUGUGAAGAGUAGCAAGUGCGUGACCUGACCGUCGGAAGAUGUAACAGAAGCAAGAACGU